CAACAACAGCCGCCUCCCAGUGCAGUUAGUCGGCUGGCCCCAAGCCCGCUGCCUUCCUGCCUCGAUCUCGCGUGGAUCUGACGAUCCGUACCCGGCCUCCCGCCAAGUCAUAUUCGACACGGCCCGUACCUCUCGCUCCGCCACACGCGCAUCCCUCCACAUCCGUGCGCUGUCUCUAGUGCCUCUCGUGCCUCUCGUGCCUCUCGUGCCUCUCGUGCCUCUCGUGCCUCUAGUGCCUCUCGUGCAUUCUUCCAGAUCCGCGCCUCGACAAUGUCGUCAGCGAUCGCCAAGUGCGCCAGUGACGCCAGCGGGCCUUUGCUGCGCGCCAAGCUGCUCCCCUGGGCCGCCGCCGCCCUGCUUUCCGCCACCUCUCGCGCCUUCUCCGCCACCAGCAGCAGCGCGGGGAGUUGCGCGCAAGCUGGGGGUGCGGGGCAGGGGGGAGUCGCGGGUGGGGAGGCGUCCGGCGGAGGGGGAAAUUUAGCGGCGAUCAAGGAGCUCCGCGCGCGCACGGGCGCGCCGGUGAAGGACGUGAAGGCGGCGCUGGUGGCGGCCGGGUGGGAUCUGGACGCUGCGUUCACGGAGCUGAGGAAGAGAGGCCUGGCAGCGGCGCAGAAGAAGCGCGCACGCGUGGCAGCAGAGGGGCUGGUGGGCGUGGCGGUGCGGAGAGGGGUGGGAGCAGUGGCGGUGGAGGUGAACAGUGAGACGGACUUUGUGGCCAGGAACGACCUCUUUCAGCUGCUGGUUUCCAAGGCAGCAGCAGCUGCGCUGAGCCUUCCCCCGUCUUCCUCCUCGUCCGUGCUCCCACAACCUCUUCCUCUGGCGGAGCUUGAACAAGCCACCGUGUCUUUCGACCAUCCAAAGCUGUGUGGCAGCCGGCAACUAUCGGAGGCAGUAGCAGAGGUGGCAGCUCUAACUGGGGAGAACGUGAAACUGCGUCGAGCCUUCCUGCUGCCCGAGCCUCGGCCCUCAGGCUCGGUGUCCAUGUACCUGCACAGCAGCCCCGGCGCUGGGUUGGGCCGGAUAGCUGGUCUGGUGUCCCUGUCUGCUUCCCGAGCAGCAGAGAAAGGUGCAGCAGCGCCAGUGGAAGUAGCAGCAGAGGAUGCAGCAGCAGCAGCAGCAGGGGGGGUGGGGGAUGGAGUGGCGAUGCACUUGGUGGCGAUGAGGCCGCUGUACUUGAGGCGAGAGGACGUGCCGGGAGGGGUGGUGGAGAGGGAGAGCGACGUGCUGCGAGCACAGGCCACAGCAGCAGGCAAGCCGGCCAACGUGGUGGAGAAGAUGGUGGCAGGGCGGCUGAACAAGUACUAUGGGGAGGUGGUGCUGGUGGAACAGGCCUAUGCCAUGGACGACAAGAAGACAGUGGAGAAAGUGUUGGCAGAAGCUUCCAAGAAGGCGGGGGCGACCAUCAGAGUGGAGCAGUUCCUCCGGGUGGAGGUUGGAGAGGGCAUUGAGAGGGAGGCCAAGGACUUCGCAUCAGAGGUGGCAUCGCAGGUGGCCUCCUCCUCGUGACCACGACACUGCAAAGUGGGCAGAAAAAGGAAGCCAUUUCCCUCGUGAGUCGUGCGUUGUGGCCGCAAGACUGUCGCGAUCUUUCCUGGUGUCAGCGGCAGGGUCUCCUUGUGCCACCCAUUGCCAUGACAACAUCAUGGCAGCCGUUGCUGCGAAGCCCCACCCCUCCAGUCAUUGGAUGGCAUAGACUGGGGCAUGUUGUAUGCAUGCCUGAGCAGUUGGAACUUCAUUAGCUAUAGUCACGGCCUGCAUGAUGGGUUACAAUAUAAAUUUUGUAUUCCAGAGAAUAAGAUCGCAGAAAUUUUGUAUGCUCAAGCAGGGGAAAGUGCAAAAGAACUUAAA